AUGGACGAUCUCGACCAGUUCGUGCAAUCGGAUCUUCUCUACACCCAGGAGAGAAUGAGUCGCUACCGCCCAGGUGGCUUUCAUCCCGGCAAGCUUGGCGACAUAUUCAAAUCCGGCCGUUACAAAGUGUACCAUAAGCUGGGCUACGGCGGCUUCUCGACUGUCUGGCUCGCAAUCGACCAAUCACUCAAACGAUGGGUUUCCCUAAAAAUUGUGACAGCCACGAGCACCGAGUCCUCUCGAGAGUUGACCGUUCUUAGGAAGUUGAAGGACGCUGGUGUAGGACACGUCGUCCAGCUACUCGACUCCUUCGUUCAUCAGGGACCUGACGGGACACAUGCAUAUCUCGUCUUCGAACUCCUCGGGCCUACGGUUGACCACGUGGUCAGUGACUACCGGGACGAUGAAGAGCCGGACGAAGAAGGCCACCUCAAACCCGCGACUAUCCUGAAAAUCACGGGGCAGCUCUUACGAGCCCUUGCAGCUAUGCACAGAGCGGGCUAUGCGCACGGGGUGAUUCAGGCAUAUAUCAGUGGAGCAAACUUAGUUUUCACUGCUCACAAGCUCCGAAAGUUGUCGGCCAAAGAGAUGUUUGAGGUCAUUGGUGCCCCAGUCACUGAGCAACUUGUUCGCUGCGACCGGAAGCCGCACCACCGUUCCAUGCCUCAGCAACUGGUUCAAAAGGCUGGCUGGGACAUGUGGAUUGAUGAGGACAAGGAGGAUGUCCGUCUCAUUGAUUUCGGCGAGGCAUUCGCUCACGGCGCCGAACACCACCAGCUUGCCGAACCGCCUGGAUUGGAGGUGCCCGAAAGAAUAUUUACCGGGAGGUUUGACUACAGGGUCGACCUCUGGCGAGCGGGAUGCUUGGCAAGACACCCCUUUCAUACAGGAGCCAUGGACCAAGAUGCGAAGGCUGUGCCCUUCCAGUCUCUUGGGGAUGUAGACGUUGUGGUAGCGCAGAUGAUACAUUUUGUGGAGGACUUGCCAGUGGCCUGGCGACGUCAGUGGGAAGCACGGAGACAUAACGCUGGAAAGGACUUACUACGUCAGUGGCAAGGGCCGUCGAAGCUAGAGGCAAAAUUCAGGACGCGAGUCAAGGACACGAGCUUGCGACGCCUUCUGCCCAUUAUUCAGGGGCUGAUGCGGUUCCAGCCAGAGACGCGCAUCUCGGCGGAGCAGGCGCUGGGAAUGCUACAGUAA